AUGUCGGACCAAGUACAGUUGACAGAACGUGAGAAGGAGAUUCUCAAGCGCCAAAUCGAUACUCAAGAGUCGCCGAUGAGUCGACUAACUCUUUUGUAUACAUGUGCAACAACCUAUGACCUACUCCUCCUGGUCAUCAGCUCAAUUGCAGCCAUAAUUGGAGGAGCCCUUCAACCUAUAUCUUUUCUUCUUUUGGGGGGCUUGGCCGAAGCAUUCAAGGAGUUCUUCUUGGGUACCUCCUCGGGCUCACACCUCUCAUCUCUGGUCGCAAGUUUCGCUCUCUAUUAUGUGUACAUCGCCAUUGGACAGUUUGUUUCAGUGUAUAUUUCAACAGCGGGAUUCAUGAUAGGCGGCGAAAAUACAACCCAACGACUUCGGGAGAAAUAUCUCGCCGCUAUCCUGCGCCAAAACAUAGCAUUUUUUGAUGUUCUCGGAGCUGGAGAAAUAACAACUAGAAUUACUGCUGAUAUGAAUCUCAUCCAAGAUUCGUUGACGGGCAAGCUUUCUCUCACGCUGUACUCGUUUUCGAAUUUUGGGACAGCUUUUGUCAUCAGCUUCGUGAAAAGCUGGCGCAUGGCUUUAAUCUUGAUAUCUGCAAUCGUGGCAGAGACUGGAUCUAUGAGUAUAUGCUCUUCGUUCAUGGUCAAGUAUACCCGGAUGUCAUUGGAGGCAUAUGCAGACGGAUCAACAGCGGCUGAAGAAGCCAUCAGUUCAAUACGGCACGUUACAGCAUUUGGGAUCCAAGACAAGCUGGCCGACAGAUACCAGGAAUUCCUCUCCAAGGCAGAGGCAUAUGGUCUGAGAAGUCGCAUUGCUCUUGCGGCCAUGAUGGCCAUCAUGAAUGGUGUCAUAUUCUGGACCUAUGGACUGACAUUUUGGCAAGGAUCUCGUUAUCUUGUUGUGAACGAGAUUGAAUUGGGAGAUCUUAUCACCAUUCUUCUUGCUACGCUGACAGGCGCGUUCACAUUUGGCAACAUAGCACCGAAUUUCCAAGCGUUUGCGACUGGUGUGGCAGCAACAGGCAAGAUUCUUGAAACCGUGUCCAGGGAGUCACCACUUGAUCCAUCAUCCACCACCGGAAACAAACUGCAGCAUGUCUCUGGCAAAAUCGAACUCAGGAACAUUCGCCAUGCUUACCCUUCUAGACCAGACAUUCUGACUUUAGAUGGGAUAGAUCUUGUAUUUCCAGCUGGAAAGACGACUGCCAUUGUUGGUGCAUCUGGUUGUGGGAAAAGCACAUUGGCAGGUCUGAUCGAAAGAUUUUAUGAACCAAUAGGUGGCGAAAUAUUGCUCGACGAUCACGAUAUCACGUCUCUAAACUUACAAUGGUUACGCCAACAUGUUGCUAUCGUCACACAACAGCCCACGCUCUUCGCUACGACUGUAUUUGAAAACAUCAGGUUUGGUCUGGUAGGCACUGAGCACGAGCACUCACCUCAUAGUGUGGUUGAAACCCUUGUUUUUGACGCCGCAAAGAAGGCGAACUGUUUCGACUUCAUUGCAGCCUUGCCGGAAGGAUAUCAAACCAAUGUUGGUGAAAGAGGCUCACUACUUUCUGGUGGCCAAAGACAGCGAGUUGCCAUUGCAAGGGCUAUAAUUAGGAACCCGAAGGUCUUGCUGCUGGAUGAGGCCACUUCAGCUUUGGAUGUCCAGGCUGAGCGACUGGUACAGGCGGCGCUUGAUAUUGCUGCUCAAGGUCGGACAACGAUCACAAUCAGUCACCGAUUAUCUACUAUAACAUCGGCAGAAAAUAUCGUUGUUAUGUCUCAAGGACGGAUUGUUGAGCAAGGAACCCACAAUGAUCUACUCGAGAAACGAUCUACAUAUUACCACUUGGUAGAGAAACAGCGCAUGUCAACUGAGAAUGGUAUCGAGCUUAGUGGCGCAAAGUCUGCCCUCAGAGAAGACCCUGAACCUCAAGUUUUGGAAAAUGAGGCCGAGGAAUUCGGCAAGUACACGUUCGAAAAGGGGCAACAUCAACAAGCUGAAACUUACGGAAUAGAACCCGACGUGGAGACUGACGCCCGUCGAUACCCUUUAUGGGAGUUGAUCAAGUUCGUCGCCAACUUCAACAAAGAGGAAACUCUCACCAUGCUAUGGGGUCUAUUUUUCUCAAUCAUCACAGGCGCUGGAAAUCCCACACAGGCCGUGUUCUAUGGCAAGACAAUAUCAGCAAUGUCGUUACCCCCUGAUAUGUAUGGAAAAUUACGCCAUGAUAUCGACUUCUGGAGUUUGAUGUAUCUGAUGCUUGGGGGUACUGCAUUCCUGGGCUGGGGAGCGUCAGGCCUCUGCUUUGCUUACUGUUCCGAGCGCUUGAUUCACCGUGCCAGAGAUUGCUCCUUUCGAGCAAUGCUUCAUCAGGAUAUUUUCAUGUUCGACACAGCAGGAUUUUCGGCUGGUUCACUCACAUCCUCAUUAUCCAUGGAUGCCACCAACCUUGCGGGAAUGAGUGGUGUGACACUAGGCUCCAUUCUCAUCGUCUCAACGACUCUGAUUUCUGGCGUGACUGUGUCAAUAUCAAUAGGUUGGAAACUGGGACUUGUUUGCACCGCAACUAUUCCCAUUGUUCUUACUUGUGGUCUCGUCCGACUCAAGAUCCUCGGUGAGAUAGCUCGACAGUCGAAAGCGGUUUAUGCCGCUUCGGCAACUUAUGCGUGUGAGGCAAGCUCUGCUAUAAAGACAGUUGUAUCGCUUAAUCUCGAGGGUCAUAUACGGAAAGAAUAUCAUAAUAUAUUGGAAGCCCAGCGACAAAAGUCUGUCAUUUCGACACUCAAAUCAUCAAGCUAUUAUGCAGCGUCGCAGUCAGCCAACUUUCUUUGCAUUGCGCUGUUCUUCAUCGCUUACGCUGCUGUUAUCGUCGGAGCAUUCAGCGCCGGCGCUAUUUUCUCCUUCGCGCCAGAUAUGAGCAAAUCACGCCAGGCCGCUCAGGAUAUCAAAACGCUGUUAGACCGAACUGUUAACAUCGACGCCCGUCAAGAAACUGGCGAGUUGUUAACCAAAAUGGACGGGAGUUUGGAGAUGCGGGAUAUCCAUUUCCGAUACCCCAACAGACCCGAGAGGAUCGUUGUUAAAAACCUCAGUCUGAGUAUUGAACCAGGCCAAUACAUAGGUCUUGUAGGAGCGAGUGGGUGUGGGAAGAGCACCGUUAUUGCUUUAUUGGAGCGCUUCUUUGAUCCUGAACUGGGUCAGAUAUUUGUUGAUGGGAAGGACAUUUCCAAGUUGAAUGUCAAGAGCUAUCGGAGUCACCUUGCUCUGGUUAGCCAAGAGUCGACGCUGUAUCAAGGAACCAUCAGAGAAAAUAUUACCCUAGGCACCAAUGAUGAGGAUGUUUCCGAGGAGAAAAUAAUCAAGGCAUGCAAGGAUGCCAAUAUCUACGACUUCAUAAUAUCUCUGCCUGACGGCUUCUCGACUGUCAUAGGAGCGAGGGGCGGCAUGCUCUCUGGCGGGCAGCAACAAAGAAUAGCUAUUGCACGAGCGCUUCUUCGCAAUCCACGUAUCCUCCUCCUGGAUGAGGCAACUUCCGCGCUCGACUCGGAGUCUGAGAAGGUCGUCCAGGAUGCUCUUGAUGCGGCGGCUCAAGGCCGAACCACGAUUGCCGUUGCGCAUCGGAUAAGCACAGUGCAAAAGGCUGAUUGCAUAUAUGUGUUAUACGAAGGCAUGGUCGUGGAACACGGGACGCACCAGGAGUUGAUGAAGCUGGGAAGAAGGUAUUUUGAGAUGGUCAAGUUGCAGAGCUUGGAGACAUCGAACUCGACUCUGAUCUAA